UGAAGAGUAGGUGCUGCUGAACUCUAUUUCCCAUGAUCCCGUGCGGUUUUGGCUCUGUUCGCGCACGCGACAUGUCAACAAACACCAAAGUCACACUGGAGUGAAUCCGGGCCGCUGCAGAUAUCACAGUAUGAUCGUAUAUGUGCGGUUUAACUCCAGACAUGGAUUCCCGGUGGAACUGGAACAAGGUGCGAGUGUAGCUGAGCUGAAAGAGACGGUGGGACGUUUACAGGGAGUACAGCCUGAUCGACUGCGGGUCAUCUUUGCUGGACGAGAGCUAUGCAAUGAAUCCACACUUCAGGGCUGCGAUCUCCCCGAGCAGAGCACGGUUCAUGUGGUUCUGCCCCCGUCCACCUCGAGCCAGCACUCUGAGCUGGUCCAGCAGCACAGGCCAGGCAGGGGGAUGGAGAGCUUGACCCGACUCGACCUCAGUGGCUCCCGUCUGACCAGCGUGUCUGAAGGCCUGGCUGUCAUUCUGGAGACAGAUGCGUCCAGACAAGGGAACUCCAUUGGACAUUCAGAAGCUAAAGCCCACAGCAGUUUCUAUGUGUUCUGUAAGACGGUCUGCAAGGCCAUUCAGCCUGGAAAACUACGUGUUCACUGCAGAGACUGCAAACAAGGCACUCUUACUCUCAGCAGGGAGUUCUACCUGAAAUGUGCUGCCCACCCUACCUGUGAUAAUGACACUUCAGCAGCACUGGACUUGAUAAUGCCCAACACACGCAGAGUGCCCUGCAUCGCCUGCACUGACAUCAUGACUCCAGUACUGGUGUUUCAGUGUGCCGAGCGUCACGUGAUCUGCCUGGAGUGCUUCCACCUGUAUUGUGUGACCAGACUCAAUGAGCGACAGUUUAUCCAGGAGCCGCUGGUAGGCUACUCUCUGCCCUGCGCAGCCGGCUGUCCUGAUUCACUCAUUAAAGAGGUUCAUCAUUUCCGAGUCCUGGGAGAGGAGCAGUAUGAGCGCUACCAGCGCUACGCAGCGGAGGAGUGUGUUCUUCAGAUGGGAGGAGUUCUGUGUCCCGCUCCAGGAUGUGGUGCCGGGCUGCUUCCUGUGGAUGAUGGCAGGAGAGUCUGCUGUGAGUUGGGGAAUGGACUCGGCUGUGGGUUUGUGUUUUGCAGGGACUGUAAGGCAGAGUAUCACGAGGGCCCCUGCAGACAGAGGACAAACACAGCAACAGGAAGUGCCCUGCAGGGUUAUAUUGUAGAUGAAGAGGCAGCUCUUCGUGCUCGCUGGGAACAGGCCUCACAGGAGACUAUAGCCGAAACCACUCACCCCUGCCCCAAAUGCCAAGUUCCUGUGGAAAAAGAUGGUGGCUGUAUGCACAUGGUGUGUCCACGUCCGCAGUGUAAGUUUGAAUGGUGCUGGCUCUGUCGUGUGGAGUGGAACAGAGAAUGCAUGGGUAACCACUGGUUCGGAUGAGCCAGAUAUGCUCUCACCAGGAGCUAAACUCUAGCUAAUCAUUAGCAAGUCGAAUCAUUAGCACUGUUGUGAGGUACAUAUCAUGAAAUGCUGCCGACAUUCAAAAGUAUCUAUGGCAACUACACAUAUUUUGAGUGUGAUGGAAUAAAAUUCUAGUGCUAUUAAAAUGU